UGUUAAUAAAAUACAUUUUCUCGCACUGUAGCUGAUUCCUAAGUGCUAAGUGUAACUCAAUAAGAAAUAAGGAUAAUAUAAUAAUAAGAAACAGGCAUAAUAUAAUAAUAAGAAAUAGUAUAUUUAAGUUAAUUAUUCAACCUUAAUUUGCUUUCUGCAAAAAAUAAAUUAUGAACGCACCACCAACAUUUGAAUCCUUUUUGUUAUACGAAGGUGAAAAGAAAAUUAUAAAAGAACUUGAUACAAAAGUUACAAAUGCGGCUAUUUUCACAGUAAAUAAGGAAGAUCAUACCUUGGGGAAUAUGAUUCGUAAGCAAUUGCUUAAAGAUCCUAACGUAUUAUUCGCUGGAUAUAAAGUUCCUCAUCCGCUGGAACAUAAGUUUGUCAUAAGAAUUCAAACUACGUCCGAUUAUUCACCCCAAGAAGCCUUUAUGGGUGCUAUAACUGAUUUAAUUUCUGAAUUGUCGCUUUUUGAGGAGAGAUUCAAAGAUGCAAUCAAAGAAAAAAAAGAAGGUGGCGACUAAGUGAAGCAAUGUAUGUCAUACGUACAUUUGAAAAGUAGCUAUGUCUGAAUUGAAUAUUUUGUUAAAUAAAAAAAUUCGCCACAUCACCUCGUUGUAUACAAGUAAAACUUUUUCAUAAGAAUAUUUUUUAAAAAUAGGAGUAUUGCAGUUUUGUUUUUAUUUUUUGAAAAGUGAAAAAUAAAAGUUAGCAAACAAGAA